AUGGAGAGCGGAGGCAAUGACAUUACCGAGGAGAGCAUACUUACCCAGUUCCAAUCCCUCUUCUUGAGGGGGGUGUAUCUACGGAACAUGCUCUCCUACAUGUGCAACUCCUGCACGUCCGACAUACAUGACCCCAUAACACACACGAUCUGCAUGUUCCUCUCCACGCCAGUGAGGAUCAACAUCACCAAGACCGGCCUCGCUCCCUUCCAGGACUGCAACACGGCGAUCUACCCUUUCUUCUGCAUGGACGAGGACCAGAAGUCCUUCCUCCUCGAUAUCCUGCAGCACAUGCAAGAGAGGAGCUGCGCCUCCCUCUCCACGCAGAUGGGGGGAGGUGGUAUGGCAACCUUCAACAGUGCCCUGCCGAAGACCUACAUCGACACCUCAGAGGUGAUAUGCCAGUUCUUCCACGCUACCAAGGACUCGGAGAAGAUCGGGAUGAAGCAGGAGGUGCGGGACAACAUCUGCAACGUCAUCAUACAGAGGGUCUGCAGCUCUGUCCACAUCCCAAGGAGGGCGCUGAACGAGAUCAUGCAGAGGGUCGAGAGAGAGUCUAGGGACAUCCACGUCAUCUAUAAAGUCGUUCACUGUCACCGCCAGCCCUUCUUCCGGUGGUUCUUCCUCCCUGCCGGAGGGCAUGAGGGAUAUGACGAAGUUCCAUAUGGGCGGCAUGCCACCAUAAUCCUUCAGCUGAAAGAGCUCCGGCAACCCAUCCCUGUACCCGGGAUGGAGGUUAUCAACAGGUUCUUCGAGGACAAGAGGCUGACCUGCGUCCUCCUGAUGACCUGGAUGAGCAUGGUGCUCGGCAUCUUCUCAGAGCUCGGGGUGAUGGACUCCCAUUUCAUGAAGCUCGGACCCGGGAAGCACUCCAAGGUGAUGGGGGUGGAGCUCGACACAUGGUACAAGUGGAGCUGCAUCGCCGUCUUCACCUUUGUCUCCACAUCCAUCAACGCCUUCGUGGGGGACGCCAUCAUGCCGUGGAUCCAGAACACAAUCCAGGACCACAAGACCAAGUUCCUCCCCUACUCCAAGACCAUGUGCAUCCUGAUCACCCAGGUCUGGACGCUCUACUGCUGCAUCAUGAGCGUCUUCGCUCUCUUCGUCAUGCUCUCCCAGGUGGACUUCCUGAUCAUCCGCAUCGUCGCCGACCUCCUCGUGAACGUGUACACCAGCAUAGCCUUCAUGAAAGGCAAGGUCGUAGACCCGGAGAGAUACUCCGCAUGGAUAAAGUCCGACUCCACCCACCACACCGCCCACGGGCUUCCCACGCCGCAGCCGGGCAACGUGCUCUCCAGCGUGGCCGUGAAGCACGACGACGAAACCGAGGAUGCAUCACACCACGCACCCAACGAAGACUAUGACACCGAAGACAGGAAGAAGAGCAUGGACACACUCCUCAGACAUCAGUGA